AUGGUCCCCGAGUAUGCUAAGCUUGGAGGCCAUGGCCUUGCUUUCACAAUCUCUCCUACCAAAGAGACUCCAGGGGCUCUACCAAGUCAGUAUCUUGGUCUGCUCAACAACACCGAUCUUGGCAACUUCACCAACCACAUAGUUGCGGUUGAAUUUGACACUGUCCAGGACUUUGGGCUCAGGGACAUCAAUGACAACCACGUUGGCAUUGAUAUCAAUAGCUUAGUAUCCAACAAAUCUGCCCCGGCUGCUUAUUUUGAUGUUACUAAUAGUUCGAUCCAAGUUCUCAAUUUGAAGAGUGGUCAGGUAAUUCAGGCUUCGAUAGAAUAUGAUUCUCAAAGUAAUCAAUUAGAUGUAAAACUUUCACCUUCAUCUACAAAACCAAGGUCUACACUUCUGUCUUUUCACGUAGACCUCUCACUAAUUCUUCAAGAAUCUAUGUAUGUUGGUUUUUCUUCUUCAACUGGUUUGCUCUCUAGCUCUCACUAUAUCACGGGUUGGAGCUUUAAGAUGAAUGGAGAAGCUAAAUCUUUGUCUUUGGAUCAACUCCCUCCACUCCCAGCAGGGUCUAAAACAAACAAUAAAACAGGCGUAAUUGUUGGUGUUUCUGUUUCAGCUGCAUUAGUAAUAAUUUUGGUGAGUGGUUUGGCUUUUUACCUCAUCAGGAAAAUCAGGAAAGCUGAUGUGAUUGAGACCUGGGAGCUUGAUAUUGGUCCACACAGAUUUUCUUACAAGAAGCUGGAGAAAGCAACAAGGGGUUUUAGAGACAAGGAGCUGCUUGGGUUUGGUGGGUUUGGCCGAGUUUAUAAAGGGACACUGUCAAAUUCAAACACCCAAGUUGCAGUUAAGCGAAUUUCGCAUGAAUCAAAGCAGGGUUUGCAAGCAUUCAUAUCAGAGAUUGCUAGUAUUGGUCGGCUUCAACAUAGAAAUUUGGUUCAAUUAUUUGGAUGGUGUCGGCGAGGAGCAGAUUUGUUACCUGUUUAUGACUUUAUGCCUAAUGGAAGCUUGGACAAGAACAUAUUUGAUGAGCCUAAAACAAUUCUGAGCUGGGAGCAGAGGUUUAAUAUCAUCAAAGGUGUGGCUUCAGGGCUUUUAUAUUUACAUGAAGAGUGGGAACAAACUGUGAUUCACAGGGACAUCAAGGCAGGGAAUGUUUUAUUAGAUUCUGAGCUAAAUGCACGGCUUAGUGACUUUGGUCUUGCUAAACUAUACGAGCGUGGCACCAAUCCAAGCACUACAAGGGUUGUGGGCACAUUGGGUAAUCUAGCCCCUGAGAUCACACGCACAGGCAAGCCUACAAAAAGCACAGAUGUGUUUGCAUUUGGUGCUUUGUUGCUAGAAGUGGUAUGUGGUAGAAGACCUAUUGAGCUUAAAGCAUUGCCUGAGGAGCUCAUGUUGGUGGAUUGGGUGUGGGAGAAAUGGAGACUGGGAGCAAUAUUUGAAGUUGUGGAUUCAAGAUUGGGGGGGUGA